AUGGAUAGCAUUCUGAAAUACCUAAUUCCCCUAAAAUUCAUCAAAAAUCUCUUCUUUGCCCUAGAAAUUUCUAUCGUUUUCAGUAUAUUCUGCUUGAAAUGAAGCCUAAAAUUUAGAGUUGGCAAAUUUUCAAAGCGCUCUGGCCUAUAUAACCACAGGGAAAUUUCACCAUUUACAAACCAAAAACCAAGCAAAAUGCCAAGAAGCCACGUAUCCACUGAUGACGACAACAAGGGAAAAAGAGUUGGAGGAAGCCACGUUGACAAGAAAGGAUCAAUGACUGGUACUCAAGGAGCCAGGAUGAAGAGAAGACAAGAAACCUACAGUGUCUACAUUUACAGAGUCCUAAAGCAAGUCCAUCCUGAGAUUGGAAUUUCAAAGAGAAGUAUGUCUAUCAUGAACUCCUUCAUUAACGAUAUCUUCGAGAAGAUCGCUCUCGAAGCUGCCAAGCUGGUUAGAUACAACAAGAAGCAGACACUUUCAAGCAGAGAGAUCCAGACUGCAGUGAGACUCCUUCUACCAGGAGAGUUGUCUAAGCAUGCAGUGUCCGAAGGAACUAAGGCUGUUACUAAGUACACCAGUAACUAA